GGAACGGCUGCCCGGUUUGUUGCAUCGGAACCUCACCAACGCAACGAAUCUGGAACCCAAGAAGGCUCCGCGGCCGGCACGGCACCCUCGUCCCAGAAUCCCGGUACCUCGCGUUCCUCGGUAACCAGUUACGAUCUGCCCAUCAACCAGGGCCAUCGGAGAUCGGACGCUCGAUCUCAGAGCACCAACAACCUCCCGUAUCCGCCGAGGCCAAAAACUGCACGUUUCAUGGUAGCACAGCGGAGCCCGUCUGUGCAGUUUUCUCGGCGGUAGAAGCUUGGAAGACAAGCCCAGAAGGGCGGGGCAAGCGGCUAGGCUCAAACAGCAGCAGCGUUGGGGCGUGGAGGUCGCAGCGGCGGAGGAACCCUGCUCGGCAAGGGAUCUAUCCCCUCAUAUUCCCCUUGCGUGGAAGCUCCCCUCCCCUUCACCCGCCACGGGCACACAGCGCCAGGCGCCGCGCGCUCGUGGAUAGGUCGUGGGCCUGGGAUGGCAGAGGGUGGGAAAGGAGUUGGCUUCGGGGACGCGAAGCGAGGCAGGGGAGAGGAGAACCGGGGGGAUUUCUUGGGAUUAUUUAAAGGGGAGGGAGGGAGAUAGGCACACGAAAGCAACAGCGAGGAGAGAGAAGAAGAGGGAGAGAAGGGAAAAGGGAGAAGCCAGGGAGUUGUUGGUUUUGGUUCUGGUCGGAGUCGGAGGGGAAGGGGAAGGCGAGAGGAGAGGAGAGGGGAGGAGGAGGGAGAUGGUUGCGAGCUGAGUAAGCGGAUCGCAGCGGCGGGUUGGGGAUCGGUCGGAGCGGGGCGCACUCGGAUGGUAUUGGGCUUCGCCGGCGCCGGAGGCGGCGAUCGCGGAUGGGCGGCGGCGGCGGGGUCUGGGGGCGGGGGUUGUAGGAGCGGCGGCGGAGUCGGAGCGGGUGCUCGUGCUGGUCUCCGGGCGGGAGGAGGGGGAGCGGGGAGGGAUUAUGAGGCGGGGGAAGGGGGGAAGGAAUGGGUUGCUGCCGAGCUCGCUGCGGAUCAUAUCGUCGUGCCUCAAGACGGUGUCUUCCAACGCCGGCUCCGUCGCGUCCACGGUGCGCUCGGCCGGCGCCUCCGUCGCCGCCUCCAUCGCCCCCCAGGCUGAGGACGAGAAGGACCAGGUUUUGUGGGCUGGGUUCGAUAAAUUAGAGUUCCAUCCAUCAUCAUUCAAGCAUGUUCUGCUCGUUGGUUAUUCAAAUGGGUUUCAAAUGCUUGAUGUUGAGGAUGCUGCAAAUGUUUGCGAAUUGGUCUCAAAACGUGAUGGCCCAGUUACGUUUUUACAAAUGCAACCCACUCCAGUCAGCUCUGAAGGCAUUGAAGGAUUCAGAGCAUCACAUCCCAUGCUUCUGGUUGUUGCUGGUGAUGAGACAAAUGGCCUGGGUGCAGUUCAAGGUGGUCGCUUAAGCGCACUGAUCAGAGACACAAACAGGGAACCUCAAUCAGGAAAUUGCAUUUCUACCCCCACGGUUGUUCGCUUCUACUCUUUGAGGUCUCACACCUAUGUACAUGUUCUUCGAUUUCGGUCUGCCGUAUAUUUAGUUCGCUGCAGCCCACGGAUUGUUGCUGUAGCUCUUGCAGCACAAAUCUACUGCUUUGAUGCUGUUACUCUUGAGAACAAGCUCAGUGUCUUGUCAUAUCCUUUGCAAGGUUCUCCUGGGGUAAAUAUUGGGUAUGGCCCGAUGACUGUUGGCCCAAGAUGGUUAGCGUAUGCCUCAAAUACCCCUUUAUUGUCAAACACAGGUCGUCUUAGUCCACAAAACCUUACACCUUCGCCAGGAGUGAGCCCAUCUACUUCUCCUAGCAGUGGAAGCUUAGUUGCUAGAUAUGCAGUGGAGUCUAGCAAGCAAAUAGCUGCUGGUAUUAUUAAUCUUGGUGAUAUGGGAUACAAAACAUUGUCAAAGUACUGCCAGGAACUUCUGCCUGAUGGUUCUAACUCCCCUUUGUCAUCAAGCCCAGGCAGGAGAUCUGGUAAAAUUCCUUCCAGUGUGCAUCCACUGGAAGCUGACAAUGCAGGAAUGGUAGUCAUCAAGGAUUUCACGUCCAAAGUUGUUAUCUCACAGUUUAGGGCUCACACAAGUCCCAUAUCUGCUCUUUGUUUUGACCCUAGUGGGACACUUUUGGUCACAGCCUCGGUUCAUGGCCAUAACAUAAAUGUUUUCAGGAUCACGCCAACCUGCGUUGCUAAUGGCUCGAGCGCAAAACGCUAUGAUUGGACAGCAUCUCAUGUUCACCUUUAUAAACUGUAUCGCGGCAUGACAGCAGCUGUUAUACAGGACAUAUCUUUUAGUCAUUUUAGCCAGUGGAUAUCAAUUGUUUCAUCGCGAGGUACUUGCCAUAUUUUUACAAUGUCUCCUUUUGGUGGUGAUGCCAGUCUGCAGCCACAGAAUUCCCACAGUGAUGGGCCACCUCUUGCCCCAUGUCAGUCAAGGCCAUGGUGGUCAAAGCCGUCCUUUCUUAUGGAUCAACAGCUUCAUCAAGUGCCCUCGACUGUUACAAAUUCAGUAGUCAGUAGGAUUAAAAAUAGCACUUCUGGUUGGCUAAAUACUGUCAGUAAUGUGGCUGCUUCUGCGAGUGGAAAACUAUCUGUACCAUCUGGUGCUGUUACUGCUGUUUUCCACAAUUCCAUUUACCAAGGUUCUUUGCCGGUCCCAUCAAAGGCAAAUGCUUUGGAGCAUCUAUUGGUGUAUUCACCAUCUGGUCAUGUUAUUCAACAUGAACUUUUACCCUCUUCAAGUUCUGAGCCCUCUGAUAGCAGUCCAAGAGUUGGUUCAGUUCCUAACUCGCAACUCCAAGAUGAUGAGUUGCAUGUUACUGCCGAACCAAUUCAAUGGUGGGAUGUGUGCCGCAGGACAAAUUGGCCAGAAAGAGAUGAAAACAUUGCAAACAUUGUAUUCUAUAAUAAAAGAAACAGUAUGAUGGCUAUGGAUGCUUCUGAUUGUGAAGAUAGUGAACAUUCGGAUUCCACUCCAUCAAAUGAUGGUAUGUGUGGUUUGAGAGUCCGAGAAAGAUCAAGCUGGUAUCUGUCAAAUGCAGAAGUACAGAUAAGCUCAUGGAGGAUUCCCAUCUGGCAGAAAUCUAAGAUUUGCUUCUAUGUGAUGGACCAUCCUGCUGCAGAGUCAGGGGAAACAGAUACCAUUAGUGGUGGAGAAAUUGAGAUUGAGAAGUUACCUCUUCACGAGGUUGAAAUCAGGAGAAGGGAAUUGCUCCCUGUAUUCAAGCAGUUCCAAUAUUCUGAGCGAAAUUCUAGUGACAGGAAUCAUACAAAUGGAGGUUAUCAGAAUACCUUGUCCCACAUUGGCAUUGGACAGUAUCACUCAGUAAAGGAUAGUGGUCAGUACGAAUCCAAGCCGGUGGCCCCUAUAUCUGGAUUUUAUGCUGAUAUGAGGAAAACAGGGAACAUGAAUGGUCUGGCUAGGCAGCCAUUGUCUGGACCUAGCUCUGCUCUUACUUUGCAGCAAGUGGCAAAGUGCAAUUCCAUUGAAUCUCCUAAAGCUGCAAAUUUGACUGCCCAUCACAAAGUAGAGAACGAGAAUAAUGGCUAUGUAUCAACACCGCCUGAAACAAAUGCAUCUACCAUCAUUCCACAAGCUAGAGAGAGUGAGGAUUGUGUACCAUCACAUACCAGACCAUUGAGCAACUAUUCCCUCUUGGAUGGAUCUCUUGAUGGAGUGCUGUCUCCUGCAAAUAGUGUAUCAUGCAAGCCUGAAAUAACCAAUAAUUCCUUGGUCAGCAACAGUGCAAGCACUGACAUACCUAAUGGGGGUCUUACCAUUAUCGAUUCUGGACAGCAGGGGGUGUCUGAUUCUCACAACUCAGUGGAGUUUACCCAGUUUUUCCAAGAGGGCUAUUGUAAAAUAUCAGAACUCGAUGACUGCCGUGAGUUAACUGAAGCUGUUACUGACGCUGACAGCAGCAGCAGCCACUGCGAGAGAGAGAAGCCUGAGGAAGAUGGGGACAACGAUGACAUGCUUGGAGGAGUUUUCGCCUUCAGUGAAGAAGGUUGAACUUACUAUACUGCUUUACUCGAGAUAAGAGAUAAUGGAAAACAGCGCCCACAACAUUCGGUGUGCAUAAUAUGUAGAUGUUGAAAUUCUGGUAGGCUAUUGUGGAAUAAAGUUGCGCUGAAACGACAAUCUACCGUGGUACAUAUUAGAAAGGUAAAGCUUGCGCUCCAUGUUUCAUCUAUCAGAAGUUCUACUCUGCAAUCUGAGGCCAGGAUCCCUCCAGGCAAUUUACUAGUCCUUGGAUCCACGUUUAAGGGAGAUCGGUGUUGUUGAGAAGUUGCCAUUGCCUGCCGCAACACUGCCCCCUUCUGUUGAUUUGUACAUAUACUGUGAGACCCAUUUGUUUUGUCCCAUACUUCUGGGACAUUGGAUGGUUCUAAAACCUCUACCUUGGCAGCCAUAUUUAUUGACCGCUCCCUGCCAAGGCUUGUGAAUGUUCCAUGUUUAUUUGUACAGACUUUCUGUUUUAUUGGAAAAAGGAAAAUCUUGCGACGAUUAAUGUGACAACUGUAUAAACAUUCAGUAAAGAAUUUGCAUUUACGAAGA